AUGGCAGCAUUUGCAAAUGUUACCCCACUUCGUCAGCAACUACAAAAGGAAAAUGUCAAUAAGGGUAAGGAAUUUCAAUGGUUGCUACAUUACGAUUUGCCACAAGAUUUCAAUCGUCUUGGUGAAUUUAUUAAGAUUUCUGAACAAAAUUUAGGAGUAAUGAAUGUAAUAGUUGAAGAUUCUGAAGCAAAGCCUGAAAAUUUUAAAAUGACUUUGCCCCAGAAAGAUUUAGUUAAGGGCAUUAUCACUAUCAAUGCAGAUAGUAUAACUAAAGCGGAUAUUACGGUUACAAGGCCUAGUAAAGUGAAUCCUACCCAGGUCUCAAUUGGAAUUCGUGAAUGUUGGCCUCUUAGAUUAUUUCAGUUACGAGACGCAACUCGGUUUGUAAAUAUAGCAUUAAAGUCUUUUGAGCAAACGAAAGGCAAGCUUUUCAAGUCCGGCGAUGAAGUUUGUAAAAUUAUUGAUAACUUCAUGAAUAGCUUAAGUCAAGCUGAAACCGCCUUAAUUUUACCUACUAUCAGACAUCCAGCUGAAAUCUUAAAUUCCGAAAGCAGUGUAAUACCUAUUAUGAUAAAUAUGUUUGAUCCUCCAUUGCCUGAAGAUGUAUUGACCGACUUUUAUAUCAAUAGAGACCAAUUGAUCAUGAAAUUAUACUUUUUCAAUCUUAAAUCCCCUAAUCAAGCCUCCCAGAUCCAAUAUAAACCUGGGAAUACAAGUUUAAUUGGUACUACGUUCAUAAACACGCAGCUGUCCGGUGCCAAAGUCAUGUAUGAGAUAGCGCAUAAUAUGCAGGUAGAAACGUGUAUACCAAGACUGUCCAAUGUUUUAAGAAGUAUCUCACUAGCUUUACGACUUUGUCAGCAAAUGAAAGACAAGGUUCAGGCUUCUCGAACUUAA